AUGCAAACCAAUUCUGACCCUUUUCAAAGAAGCAAUAUAAAAGCUACCUAAGAGUUAUAAAAGGAUCCAAAGUAUGCUUCUUUUUUAGUCUGGUGUAAGGAAUAAGGGAUGUGCUUAGAAAAAAUAAAUUUUCCGACUGUGUUUGGUCCUUAGGGCUAUUUAGUUGGAAUUGCCACAAACUAAAAAAUUCAAACUGGUGAGUGGUUCUUUAAGAUCCCAUGUUCAACUCGAACUGACUUUUAAACUAUUAGAGAGAGUCCGUAUAUUGGUCAAAUCCUGAAAGCACUAGAUAUUAAUGAAGACCUCACACUAUCUCUAUAUAUUAUGCAUUAACUACUUAUUGGCACUCAAUCAAGAAUUUAUCAUCCUCUCUCAGUUUUCACUCCAGCUGACACUCCAUUUUUAUGGAGCAAUGAGGAAAUUAAUUUGAUAGGAGACAAACAAACUGUAAAUCUUAUUAAUAAGAUGAAAGAUCAAACGCUAUAAGAUGCUUAAGAGAUUUACAAUAAAGUUCUUGAAUUUGGAAUUUUAGAUAAAUUUUGCAUUGGUGAAUAAUCCAGGGAAAAUUUUAUCUAAUAAUAUCUUCUUGCCUGGUAGUACUCAUAGACUAGGUAUGUGCAGUAUGAGUUUUAUUUGAAAUUUCAUACUGUUGCUCAUCUUAUUGAAUCUAUGAAUCACACUCCUGGAAGGUACUCCCUUCAUUAGUUAGUAGACUCAAAUGGAAAUGUAUUAGCCUCAAAUAAGAUUGGUAUCACAAAUCUUUAUUGUAUACCAGGAUUUGAAUCGAUAAACGGGUAAUAUGUCGCACCAAAUUUGGAUGAACUAAAUGAAAUCAUAAGUGAAGUACCAAUUGAAAUCAAUAACGAGUAAAUUCAUUCUAUGGUGCCACCUGAGGGCUCUUAUUUUUAAAUGGUGAGCCUUUAUGACUUGGAAGAAGGCGAGCAGAUACCAUAUAACUACGGUCAUGUGACUAAUAGGUCUCUACUCAUAAAUUAUGGGUUUAUUAUUCAAAAUAAUGAGAGUGAUUGCUUUUCAAUAAUUCUACAAAUUCAGGGAAGACAAAAGCACAUCAUUUUGCACAGGAAUAAUAAAAGUGAUAAAUUUCUCGCUGCAUGUGCAGAAGUACUCAAGGAUUCUGGCCUAAUAAAAUAUUCAAAUGACUUGGUUUGUCAGUUUGGUAUUGAUCUAAUCUAUUAGUAGUAUUAUCUAGACUUUGAAAAGUAACUAGACGAUGUAGAAGAAAUCUCAGAAGAAUAGUUGAGCAGCAGAAAGAAUAUGGCAUUAGAAUUUAAAUAAUAUCAAAAAAUCAUAUACCAAUAUCAUGUAAAUGAAAUAAGAAAACUAAUGACAUUGAAUCAAAUUUCACAAUCAAGAUGA